GGCCAUGCCCUCAAGUGCACGGGCGGGCAAUCUGAAAGACCCCGAGGUGGCAGACCUCUUCUGCAAAGAUGAUCCGGAGAAGCUGUUCGCUGACCUCCGCGAGAUCGGUCAUGGUAGCUUUGGAGCCGUUUACUUUGCUCGAGAUGUGCGCAACAAUGAGGUGGUGGCCAUCAAGAAAAUGUCGUACAGUGGCAAGCAGACAAACGAGAAAUGGCAGGACAUCAUUAAAGAGGUGAAGUUCCUGCAGAAACUCCGCCACCCCAACACUAUUGAGUAUCGGGGAUGUUACCUGAAAGAGCACACAGCAUGGCUGGUGAUGGAGUACUGCCUCGGCUCAGCCUCGGACCUCCUCGAAGUUCACAAAAAGCCACUUCAGGAAAUAGAAAUAGCUGCUAUUACCCAUGGUGCACUGCAGGGAUUAGCAUAUCUUCACUCUCACAACAUGAUUCACAGGGACGUGAAAGCGGGAAACAUCCUGCUGACAGAGCCCGGUCAGGUUAAACUGGGGGACUUUGGUUCUGCUUCGAUCGUGGCUCCUGCCAACUCCUUCGUGGGGACUCCCUACUGGAUGGCUCCAGAGGUGAUCUUGGCGAUGGAUGAGGGCCAGUAUGACGGCAAGGUGGACGUCUGGUCGCUGGGCAUCACCUCGAUAGAGCUGGCGGAGAGGAAGCCCCCACUGUUUAAUAUGAAUGCUAUGAGUGCCUUAUAUCACAUCGCUCAGAAUGAAAGCCCCAUUCUUCAGUCCAAUCACUGGUCUGAUUCCUUCCGAAACUUUGUUGACUCUUGCCUACAGAAGAUUCCCCAGGACCGGCCUACCUCGGAUGUGCUGCUGAAUCAUCGGUUCUUGUGCCGUGAGCGUCCGCUGACGGUGAUCAUGGAUCUGAUCGCACGAACCAAGGAUGCAGUGCGAGAGCUAGACAACCUGCAAUACCGCAAGAUGAAGAAGAUCCUCUUCCAAGAGACGCAGCAGAACGGCCCCGUGUCUGAGGGAGGGGAGGAUGAGGAGGAGGUGGAGCAGUACCUGUUGCGAACAGGCACAGUUAACAGCAUGGAGAGCUCCCAGUCAGUGCCCAGCAUGUCCAUCUCAGCCAGUUCUCAGAGCAGCUCGGUCAACAGUCUGGCAGACGCCUCUGAUGACAGCAGCAGUGAGAUGGCCAUGAUGCAGGAGGGCGAGCACACCGUCACCUCCAACAGCUCCAUCAUCCACCGACCCACGGGUCAGGAUAACAUCUAUGAUGACCCCUACCAGCCAGAGAUGGACCAACCCCAGGCUCCCUCAGCCGGACGUCGUCGAGCCUACUACCGCAACCGUGACCACUUUGCUACUAUCCGAACUGCUUCUUUGGUAACCCGUCAGAUUCAGGAACAUGAGCAGGGCUCGGCACUGCGAGAGCAGAUGUCUGGCUACAAACGUAUGAGGCGGCAGCACCAGAAGCAGCUGAUGGGGCUAGAGAACAAGCUGAAGGCGGAGAUGGAUGAACAUCAGCUGAAGCUGGACAAAGAGCUGGAGAACCAGAAGAACAGCUUCUCCAAGCACCAGGCCAUCCUAGAGAAAGAGACGAAAGCAGCUCUGACGGAAGAGAAGAAGUUCCAGCAGCACAUACUGGGCCAGCAGAAGAAAGAAUUGACCAGUUUACUGGAGUCACAGAAACGGCAGUACCGUCAGCGAAAGGAUCAGUUGAAAGAGGAGCUGAAUGAGAACCAGUCGACUCCGAAGCGGGAGAAGCAGGAGUGGUUGAUCCGUCAGAAGGAGUGUCUGCAGCAGAUGCAGGCGGAGGAGGAGGCUAGCCUGCUCCGGAGGCAGAGGCAGUACUACGAGCUGCAGUGUCGCCAGUAUAAGAGGAAGAUGCUGCUGGCUCGCCACAACCUGGAGCAGGACCUGCUCAGAGAGGACCUGAACAAGAAGCAGACCCAGAAGGAUCUGGAGUGCGCCAUGCUGCUGCGGCACCACGAGUCCACCCAGGAGCUGGAGUUCAGGCAGCUGGGCUCAGUGCAACGGACCCGGGCCGACCUGAUCCGGACGCAACACCAGACUGAGCUCACAAACCAGAUGGAGUACAACAAGCGUCGGGAGCAAGAACUUCGUCAGAAACACGCCAUGGAGGUCCGGCAGCAGCCCAAGAGCCUCAAGGUAUGUAGGAGACUUGUGAGGGGGGUUCAUGUCUCAGAUUACUUAGGUGGUGGAAGAAGAUCCUUUACUUAAGUAACAGUAGAAAUACCAUGGUCUUAAGAUACUAAAUAUAUAGGGAUGUUACGUUUGUUACACAGAUUUGCUGUCUUAUAAUCAGAUGUCUCGAAUUUGUUGUGGUUUUCACACUACAUGACUGAGUGGUGACAGGGGGUCACACACUACAAGAUUCUUCACCAGGAGUAAUGAGUAUGUCAUGUGGUGCGUGGGUUGUUCCACAACCUGUGGGCAGGUCAAAAAGGGACAAAGCCGUUAUUAAUAACUUUCGGUAACAUUGCGGGCAAUAGUCCACCUUUCACCUUCUCCCUCCCACUCUCAGUCUAUUCUGAGAGGAAUCUGUGGUGCACUGAUAAACUUCUUUGCUCAUGUCUUAAAACAGUUUACACACAGGGCUUGAGCACCAAUUUGCCUCUGAUCUGGGAGCUUGUCAGGGAGCUUAAAAAAACUCAACAAGAGGAAAAGAGGACUAAAGACAUAUCUUGUGAAAUAGGCAUUGCAUUGACAAAUUUUCAUAGACUUUUGCGGCACCGCGUCAUGCAAAUUUUUCAAUC